AUGUCUGUGAAUAGUGUUAAUCUGUCAGAUCGUAUUUCCGGGUCCUUAUUCGGGUUAGUAUUAUGUGACUCGCUGGGAGCAGCUGUAGAAGGUCAGUCUCCCGAAUCGUUUGAUCAAGUGAAAACAUUACGAGGAGGUGGUAAAUUUCAGUUAAAGCCCGGACAAUUUACUGAUGAUGGCUCAAUGGCAUUAUGUUUAGCUUUCGCUUUGUUAGGUAGUGAAAUUGAUAAUCCGGUUAUUCAUCCAUCAAUUGUACAAAUGAAUUUAUAUCGACGUUGGUAUGAAUCUGGUUAUUUAUCUUCAACUGGAGAAUGCUUCGACAUAGGCAUGACUGUGCGAGCUGCUCUAAACAAAUUUGUUUCUCAUUGUGAUCAAGCUAAAAGUGAUAAAUUAAGUAGUGCUGAUGCUUACUAUGGAAGUACAAGUAGCCAUGCAUCAGGCAAUGGCUCAUUAAUGCGAUUAGCACCUGUUCCCUUGUUAUAUCAUCGCGAUCCUCUUAAUGCUAUGAAUGAAGCAAUAAAUUCAUCCAAGACUACGCAUGCUUCGCAACUAUGUCUAGAUAGUUGUAGAGUAUAUACGGGCUUAAUUAUUGGCGCUUUACAAGGAGCUACUAAAGAGGAACUAUUGAAUAGUGAUCAAUUAUAUGUUCCAGCUGGUUUAUCGCAUGAUUACUGGACGACAAAAGCAGCCUCACUACUUGAGUCGCCUGUUUUAGCAGUAAUGAAUGGUUCAUACAAACAUCGCAAUCCGCCUGAGAUCAAAGCUUCAGGCUUUGUUAUCGAAACAAUGGAAGCAGCCUUGUGGGCAUUUUAUCACACAAAUUCGUUUGAAGAAGGCGCACUGAAAGCAGUAAAUUUAGGCAAUGAUGCUGAUACAGUUGGAGCAGUUUAUGGCAUGCUAGCAGGAGCUUAUUACGGAAUUAAUGCUAUACCCAUCGAAUGGAGAGAGAAAUGUAGUUUUCAAGGCCUGGUGCAAACAAUAGCAGAUGAAAUACUAACGCAGUCACAGCAGAUAGCGGAAAAUGGCGAGAAGAAAGUAGCUCCGUCGAAUCAAACAUCACUUCUAUACAGAAGUGUACUGAAAGUGUACAAUGAACUGGCUGCGUUUUAUUCAGGAACGAUUAAACGUCGUGUGUUGCCAUGUCCUAAGCAGUAUAAAUCUAGCCAACAGUUUGAUGAGGACAUCAUGCAAUUUCACUCAAUUUAUGACAAUAUUCUGAAUUCAAUUAAACAGCUUGAACAAUGGGCAGAAACUACUACUAACGAUGAAAAACAACUAGUUUUAAGUCGUUCUGAUUCAAUUCUAAAACAAUAUUUAUGUCUGAUUGAGGAAGAUCAGCAUUCAUUAACUAUUAAAUGGUCAAGAAAUUCGAACCAUUCUCAAGUUCAUAAACAUCUUGCCGCUAGUAAUUGUUCAUAG